UCCACAGGAGGUCUACACACCACCACUGGGGCUGCCACCAUGUCUCUAGUGAUCCCUGAGAAGUUCCAGCACAUUUUGCAAGUGCCCAACACCAAUAUCAAUGGGUGGUGGAAAGUAACCUUUGCCAUCACUGCAAUUAAGGGUGUGGGGCAAAGAUAUGCUCAUGUGGUGAUGAGGAAAGCAGACAAUGAUCUCACCAAGAGGACAGGAGAGCUCACUGAGGAUGAGGUGGAAUGCGUAGUCCCUAUUAUGCAGAAUCCACGCCAGUGUAAGUUCCCAGACUGGUUUUUGAAUAGACAAAAAGACGUGAAGGAUGGAAAAUACAGCCAGGUCCUGGCCGAUGGUCUGGACAACAAACUUUGCGAAGACCUGGAACAACUGAAGAUUUGGGCCCACAGAGGCUGGCACCACUUCUGGGGACUUCAUGUCCAAGGCCAGCACACCAAGACCACAGACCGCCGUGGCGGCGCCAUGGGUGUGUCCAAGAAGAAAUAA